GCGCGUGUGUGUGCAUGGAUGUAUGCAUGUGCGUGUGUGUGAUAGCGAGAGCUAGAGCGCGCGCGCGUGCGUGAGUGAGUGAGUGAGAGUGUGUGUGUAUACAGUAUAUGUGUGUGCGUGUGUGUGUGCGCGCGCGUGUCACUUGAGGGAGUGAUGUAUGGAGUGCGUGUGAAAUAAAUAGAGCAAAAAUGAUCACAACUUUUUUCGGAAGUACUUUUGUUUUCAGGGCAAAUUUGAGCUUCGGAUAGGUUGUUGCAAGGAUCUUCAAGCAAACAAACACACACACACACACACACACACACACACACACACACACUGAGUCCGGCUUGUCACACAAGAUCUCCUGCAAAAGUUUCCCACCGGAUCUGGGGGUUGAAGAUGUCCUACUAAAAGGAGUUUCCAGCUCAUUUCUUUGUGCUGCUGCUGAAGGCCAUAAACAGGAAGAACAAUCCGGGUUGUUGUGAUCCAUCUAUUCUCAGCUUUCUCUUUGGGUUUCCUUUUAAUAUCUCUGUUACAAACCUACAGAUUAAACCCUGGAGCACUGAUGAUCUGAGUUCAUAGAUGAUCUAUGAGCUAAAUGUCUACUCCAUACGCCAAGCAUGGGAGUGUUGAGGGAGAAGUUUGAAUAGGAGCUUAAAAACAAAACAUAAAGAAAGAAAUCAGGAUCAUCAGCAUGCUGAAGACUUUAACCAAAAAGCUUAGAAGACAUUCUCUCAAUGAAAUCCACCCUUUUCAGCUUAAGAUUUCCUACCAUGGCAGUGAGGACGGUGGAGAGAGCGAAGAUUCUGAAGGAGAGAACCAAGAGUUGGCACAGAUCGACCGAGAACGCCGCAGGAACUGUGUUUUAACCCCUCUGGCAACCAGUCAGCAGCCUAAUCAGGGCUUACUUUCUCCCAGCCGUGUUUGCCGUGUGCGGUUGCUACUAGAGCCUUCCAUGGAGCGCCAUAGUUCUGAAGAGGAGCUUGAGCGUAUAGCAGGCAUCGCAAGCUCCGCCGGUGCCGAUGCAGGAUGCAGGUGGCACAGACACGGUGAGCUCAGCAGCACCUCCAGUGACGAGGAGGUGAAGGACCUGUGUGAGCCAGGUGCUUCCCCUAGCCCUGUGCUGUUCAGCUCAUCUCCACCUCGAGGGCUCAAACCCACACACACCUCUACACGAAUACACAACAGACCCAUAAUCCUCAGCCACUUCGAACAGCCCACCGUGCCAUACUGGAGACAUCGGAGAGAACCCGGGCGUCCGAGUCUGGACCUGGAGAAGAUGCAGCAGAAAAUGCUCUUGAAAAAGAAUUGUGGUGGGAAAACAAGGACAAUCAAGAUCCGGAACCUGACCGGCACUCGUCACCCUCCCAGAUACUCUUAUGAUCCCUCCAUUUUUGCCUUCCGCUCUCUGAGCACCGCCCCUCCGUGCAGUCCCCUGCUCUCCACCGAGGAGCCUCCAUGUGCUUGAGGGAAGCCACUGGACUUUAAGAUGAAACAGCACAGCUUGUUGGACAACACAUCCUAUUUCUUAUAUUAGGACAAGAACAGUUUUAUUAUUCUUUUCUUUAGCAGGGUUUUAACCCAAACAAAGUGCCCAAGUUGACAAAACGACAAGUCCCAAGAUGUAGAGGAGCAUCAGGGAAUUGGGUAAUGUUUUACCCUUACUGGCUGACUGACCAUAUCUCAGGAAAAUUAUCCUUUAACACUUUCUACACACAUACGGCCAUGGUCGCUGUAUUAUCACAGAGCCACAACAAAAAGAUUCAUUCUGCUGAAACUGGCAUUUUGAAUAAUUUUAUGGUUCUUGAAUAACCCCACACAUCUGGCUAUUUCCUGAUAUUCAGGUAUAGUUAUUCAAUUGCCAUUGUACUAUGUGCAUCUUGGCUAUUUGUAGAUCAUGCAGAAAGGGUACACAGAGAGCUUUAGGCUGAAAAGGAAAUGUGAUGCAGCAUGAUAUGUAAUGUGAGGAUGGACUUUAUUGAAAGAAUGGAUUUUUUUUUCUUUGGCAUAAAAGGUAUUACUACAAUUGUUACCAGAGAGGAUGAAAGUCUACACUUCCUUGCACUCGUAAUAAUCAAAAAUUAAUUAAAUUCCUGUAAACUCAGUAUCAGUGGGUUAUCAUUGUCUGCCGUAGUGCUUGCCUGAUUUGUACUGUUCACUGACAAGAAGAAUGGGAAUAAACAAGGAACCCUGGUACUAGUCCAGAUUUAGUCAGACCAAAGCCGGUUUUACACUGUGCGACUACAAUGGCCUUUUUAAUUAUAUCUCAUGCAAUAGAUGAUCCUAAUAUAUUUUUGGCUGAAUUAUAUACAAGACUGUGCAAUAAUGUUUUUCAAGUUAGUUUAUAUGCCUAAAGUCCUCCUGUAAUUAAAUAAAAUAACUAGGUUCUGCUUACAUUAUAGGGGGGCACGGUGGCUUAGUGGUUAGCACGUUCGCCUCACACCUCCAGGGUUGGGGGUUCGAUUCCUGCCUCCACCUUGUGUGUGUGGAGUUUGCAUGUUCUCCCCGUGCCUCGGGGGUUUCCUCCGGGUACUCCGGUUUCCUCCCCCAGUCCAAAGACAUGCAUGGUAGGUUGAUUGGCAUCUCUGGUAAAUUGUCCGUAGUGUGUGAUUGCGUGAGUGAAUGAGAGUGUGUGUGUGCCCUGCGAUGGGUUGGCACUCCGUCCCGGGUGUAUCCUGCCUUGAUGCCCGAUGACGCCUGAGAUAGGCACAGGCUCCCCGUGACCCGAGGUAGUUCGGAUAUGCGGUAGAAAAUGAGUGAGAGAUGAGAAUGAGUGCUUACAUUAUCAAUCAGUAUGAUCAGAGCUCAUGCAGAAAAUGGGGUCAUGGGUUUGGAAACAUUAUUCAGAGUAAGCUAGGGGUGAUAGGGAUACCUUUUCACUUAUGUUUCACCAUUGCCACUAAAGUAUUUGGAGCUUUCCUGUGAGUUACACAUUAAUAUGUAUUACCUGUUGGUGGGUUUUAGAUGAGCUGCAUUUCAGCACAGAGAUUUUACUACAAAUAACUCAUAUUAUCAGCCAUCUUAGGUCACAACGGCACUAAAUUUGGUCCUGCUGAGUGUGUUAUGCGCUCAACUGAUGACCAAAGAAUUAAUGUGAUUUAAUGUUUGUGUGCAACAGCGCAAUAGGCCAAAAUUGUACAGCGUAAACCCGGCUUAAACAUGUGAAUCUGUCUGAUCCAGCGCAGGUUAAGGUCAGAGAAUGUACUCUGUGUUAUGUGCCUAAUAUUCUGGAGCUUCAGGAUAGAUGCACCUUUGCCACGUUCGAAUGUUUUGGACCAAGUACCAAAGUCAAUACUUAAUACUCGUCAUAAUUCAUCAUUACCCCUUUCCUGGGUUAAGUCUUAGUUCUUUACUGAAAUUACUCUUUCACUCUUGAAUUGUUUUGGUAAAGAACAAACACAAUGUUGGAUAUAAACCACGUUUUGAAACAUGCUUUGUUUCAGGUUUUUUGCAUAUGUAAUUGUGUAGGUUUUAAAUGUUAACUAUGUACUGUAUUGAUUUAUACCUAGCUUUUCAAUGAAUGUAGCCUACUCUUGUAGUGGUCGAUAUAAGUGUAGGAGAGCUACAAGGAACUUUGUUACUGGUUCCACACUUUUAAUCUAGUUACCCAUUCAGAUAUAUCCACGCGGAAUAAAUAUAUACACCUGCCGGUCGAACAGUACCUACACGUUUGUAACGUAAGAAGCCUGUAGACGUUUUUUUUUGCACCAUGUUCCAGUGAGAUGAAAUAAAUGUCUCUUGGCUCCAGUGA